CUGUCUUUUCUACUUAUAGGUACUAAACUGUUACUCAUUAAUUUAUUAUUUGCAGGAUCAAACAAUGACGCAGCGAGCAAAGGCAAUUCUCCAUAUGGUACAGGAUAAAAGAAACAAUAAUGUGCCGACCACAAAUAGUAAAGAAAUUUGACCUUCAUAAACUAUAUUCACAACCUUAUUCCAUGAUAUCACCGGCGUUCCAAAAUUUCUGUGAGACUCAAACGACUUUCAGUUCUUACCACUUAAACAACUUAUCACAUCAUCAAUAAAUUGAAUGAAAUCUUUCCCGCGUGUAUGAAAGAAAAAGCUACUGAGGGACCAUUAGACUUAAAUUGUCACGAAAAGAUACCAUUGGAUUGUAUAUCUUGUACACCUGACACCACAAGAGCAUGAUAGGUAGAUGUGAAUCUAAUAGUGAAUUAUAUACCAACUACUGAUAAUAAUUGCUAACCAAGUACAUCAACAGUGAAAUACAAAGACUAGGUACCUAAUUACUUCUCCAUCAAAUUCAGGCAAAAGUUCCAUAUAGUUAAUUUACUCUUUGCAAAAGUUCCUCCGAUGAUGACUGACAGUGACAGGAUUGUAUUUCAAACCAAUGUUCAAACGGUCAAACCAAAAAGCUUUGGAGGUGCUACGUGCUACGGGUUUUCUUGUAUCUGUGUAUUUCCAGUCCGUACCUACAUUCCAUUUCAAGUAAAAUCUUUAUAUAGAAAAUAGCAAAACACUGGCUACCAACUAAAAGCGACUAUACAUACAAGUGUGUAAUGUCUACAAAAAAUAAAAUUAACGACAGCGUCGAUUUGACUUCGUACUUUCAAAUACUUUUAUUGGUUUUUUUAGUAGUCGUUUUUGUAAUAAAAUCGUAGUGUUUCGAAACUAUUCUUUUUAUAAAUAGUUAUUUUUAUUAUAGUAUAAUUAUGUGCUAUCCAAUAAGUUCUUUACAAUCAUGACUCGAAGCCCAGACGUUCUGUUUAUGGCAGAGUAUAUUAAAAAUGUGCUGUAUUUUGCAACAGUGAGACAAGGAAAAUCCCUGAAGAGUACUGCGGAUACACAUUAUUUUUCUAUAGAUAAUGAAUUAUUGUACGAAAAUUACUAUUGCGAUUUCGGGCCUUUGAAUCUUGGUUGUGUAUAUAAAUAUUGCAAGUUAUUAAGCGAUAAACUAAAGCAAUAUCUCAAUAAACAAACUAUAGUUCACUAUACAUCAAUAGAUCCCAAGAAGAAAGCAAAUGCUGCGUUUCUUUUAGGAUGUUACGGUGUUUUAUAUUUGAGUUUAACUCCGAGAGACGCUCUCAAGCCCCUUACAGUUCAUGGCCAAAGCUACAGGCCUUUUCAAGACGCGACACAGGGUGAAUCAAUAUUUACUAUUAGUAUACUUGAUUGUUUGUUAGCUAUCAAAAAAGCUUCUGACUUGGGCUUUUUUAAUUUCCAAGAUUUUAAUUAUGAAGAAUAUGACAGAUUGGAUAAAAUUCAAGGAGGUGACUUGAAUUGGAUUGUACCAGGAAAAUUUCUGGCCUUCAUUGGUCCAGUAGACUACAGUGUAUCAUUGUACCAUCCUCCAGAGAUGUACUUAGAUUAUUUUAUGGAAAACAACGUGAAAAUUGUUGUCAGACUGAAUAAGAGACUGUAUGAUGGAAACGUAUUUAGCAAUGUGGGUAUUACACACUACGACUUGUUCUUCCCGGAUGGUUCCACUCCUCCGCGACAUAUUCUCUUCAAGUUUAUGCAGAUCAGUGAAGAUUCUGAUAGUGCUAUUGCUGUCCAUUGCAAGGCAGGUCUAGGGCGCACUGGUUCAUUGAUAGGGUGUUACCUCAUAAAACACUACCGAAUGACGUCACACGAAGCUAUAGGAUGGAUGAGAAUAUGCCGACCAGGCUCUGUAAUAGGGCAUCAACAGGAAUGGCUAGAGAAACUGGAAACUUGGCUAAUUAAACAAGGGAAUAUUUAUAGGAAACGGUUAUACCAAGAUUCUGAUAAAUUGCCGUAUCACGAGUACGGACUUUAUUCAAUUGCUGAGAAAGCUAUCAAACAAGGUCCAACGAUGUUCCAUAAAUGUCCUUCGCCUGCUCCUCCGAUACAAAGACAAACUCGACCUGACAUCAGAAUAGUUGAGAGACCACAAGCUUCAAGAGGCGCUUUAGAUGGUUUUCGUAAGACGACCGAGAAGGAAUCCAACGACUGGCGUAUGAGAACAUUAAAGUUGGCUUCAAAGCCAAGCAACAAAGGGGAUCAGUUCGAAAUGAACAAUGACUCAAAACGGAGUGGUGCUGGAGAACCAAGAAUGUUACGCGUCCACUCAAGAGUAAUGACUGCUAAAUCUCAAAGAAACAACAAACCAAACGAUUCCGGAGGCAUGAUGAGAAAUCAAAGUCCUUGUCCUAUAUCUACCUUUUGCACAACUCAAGGGCCUGUUGUAAAGACUAUAAAUGAUGCCAAGAAUUUUUUGAUGCGAAGUAAUGCAUAUAAUGAAGAACGAUCUAAACACUUGAACUCAUCAGUGACGAUCACGCCGCAUCGUCACCCAGCGUACAACGAGAAUGAACUCGGACCUCCACCUAACUCUGCUCGUGUUACUCCCUCAUCUUACAGCACUGUACAUAGAACUGCAACUCAACCACAAUACCGACGUAGACUGGGCCGAAGCCCGAGUCCAUCUCCAGUUCGCUUUGAACAAACACGCGCAACCAACACACCGGUAUCAGCUGAAAGGAUUGUCGUAAGAGAAGCUUCCAAAUCUGCGCUGGAAGAAGCUCUCUCGAGACUAAAAUUGACGACGUGGAGAGACGGAUCGGUGGGAGCUGCUUCACUCGGCGCCCGCCGCGACGCCCCGAACCCCAAGCGAGCGCCCAGCGUGCGCUCAGACGAACGCCCGCUCGCUACACAGGGAGACAUGCUCAACAGUAUUAAGUUUCAGCGAAGACUGCGGGAGUCGUUGCAUACGAAUACUCCGCUUAUACAGGAUAAAUCGAGCUCUGCAUCGAGGUACAAACCUAUAAUUAAAAAGGUCAACUCAAAAUGUAACACAGCGUCGAGAACCUCGCAAGAGUUCAAUCCAAAAGAAAAGACAAGCAGUACUUCGCGCCAACUCACUCGGCCGGUGUCUCCCAAGGGACGGCGGGGCAUAUCACCUUCCUUCUAAGAGACCGUACCACGAAAGGCCCGUGGCAAUAUUAGGAACUAUCAAUAACAGAUAGCCACGUCGUUGUUUUCAGCGGCGCCACGACUGCGGAACUUUCGUGGUACGUACUCUUGUUUGUUUCCUAUGGGAAUUUGACAAAUUGUAAAGUGUGCUAGUGUUGAAGAGAAAUAAAAAAUUUUAUAGUAUA